GCAUUGUGCCAAGCUCCAUUUCUAUUGAAUGACCCUAAUGUCGGGCUUUUAUUCCCAGCAGAUGCCAUUGCAAGAGCUAAACAUUAUCUUUCAUUGAAUUCGGGUGGUUUAGGUGCAUAUAGUGAUUCUCGAGGACUUCCUGGAAUUAGGAAAGAAUUUGCAGAGUUCAUUGAAAAAUCUAUGCAUGAGUUGGACUUUUUUAUUUCUUCUUCUAACUCUUGACAUUUUGUAUGGCCGAUAAGUCAUUUGCAAGGGAUGUUCAAUCGAACUAUCAGAUUAUUAGAAGCAGAUAUGUAUUUGACGGUCAACCUCCAGAGUUGAAGAAACAAGAACUUGCCAAAAGAUAUUUAAAGAGGAAAGAUGCAACUAACGAUCUGAACACAACAAUUGAGACUGGUGAUUUGGAGGGAAUUGAAAAGUACAGCAAAAGGACUGUCAAGGUAACCAAGCAACAUAAUGAAGAUUGUAAACGCCUCUUAAGACUAAUGGGUGUGCCUACUAUUGAGGCACCCUGUGAAGCAGAAGCUCAAUGCGCAGCUCUUUGCAAAAGUGACAAGGUGUUUGCGGUUGCCUCAGAAAACAUGGAUACUUUAACUUUUGGGGUACCAAGGUUUCUCCAUCAUUUAAUGGAUCCUAGUUCCAAACAAAUCUCUGUGAUGGAAUUUGACGCUUCAAAGGUUCUUGAAGAGCUAAGACUCACUAUGGAUCAGUUGAUUGAUUUGUGUAUUCUCUCUGGAUGUGAUUAUUGUGAUAACUAUGAUAAUGCUUGUGUGGUUGAAUAUGGUGUCAGUGCUACAAUUGUUCCAUGUCUAUGUUACUUGGACUUGAUAUAG